UUCAUGUUCUUACUCAUCUAUAAAACAAAAUCAAGUAAUCAUAUUUCUAAAAUUUCUUUUUGCUAAAAAUGUUAAAAUUAAUAUAAUGACUAAAUCUUUAGAGUGCGUCCGAUGCUGUCCAGUUUCUAGUUACAGUUCGUCUAUUGAGACAACAAUAUUAUGUGAUAAAUGGUGCCCAUUUAUAUGUAACCGGCAAUGUACAACUUCAUAUUUCUAUGGACACGGCUAUUCUAUGCUAAAACGAAUUUGUCACAAAAUAAUUCAAAAUUAUAACCGCAAGCAGUGUCGAGAAAGCUAUACAGUCUUUGAUGGAGGGAAUAGUACUAAGGAUCGACCACUAAUAAAAAAAUAUAGAGGUAAUUUCGAGUCAUACGGACUUAAAAAAAAGGAAAAGUACGACGACGUAGCUGGGAUAGAAAACGAAUCGCAGAAAAAAAGGGAUAUCUUAAAAAAGCUUCAAUCACCAAAAGCUAGAAUAAGAAGGGGUUAUAGGGAAGUGAAUGAUUUUAUAAUAUCUAGAAGAAUCAGUGGUGAAGGUGCUCACAAACGAGGAUGGGAUGCCAGUGAAGUCGACAAUGAUUUGAAUAAAAAUACAAGUUUGGAAUGGAAUAUAAAAAAAAAUAAGGAAGUAAAAAAAAAAAAUUUUAAUGAAUUUUAUAAAAAAGGUGUGCAAAAAAAAACGGGAAAUAAUGGAAUCGAUAUGCACUUGAAUGAAAACGAUGCAAUGAAAUUUGAUAAAAACAAAGGACAAGCUGUAAAAAAAAUGAACGAAAAUGGAAAGGAUCGGAGGGGGAAAAACUAUGAAAAUAACCUUAAUGAACAUAUAAAUGAAAAGAUAAAAAAAAAAAAUAAAACUGAAAAGCCGGAAAACUAUGAAAAUAACCUUAAUGACAAUAUGAAUGAAAAGAUUAAAAUAAAAAGUAAAACUGAAAAGCCGGAUAGUAACCAUGAUGCGAAAGAAACUAAACCACUAAAUCUAGAAAAGAAUAAAAAGAAUUUCGACUUGAAACUUCAAAUUAAAAUUGAUCAUGGUGAUUCUGACUUCAACGAUCAGUCGAACGAACAAAUAAAAUGGGACCUGGGAAAAAAAAAAAUUAACCGUAGUGGUAAAAGUGUUAAAAAUCCCAAAAACAUUGAAGUAGAUUCCGAAACCACAAUCAUUAAAAAACAGAUAAGGGGCAAUGAAACGGGAAAGUAUGCCAUCACCGAUAAAACACAAGGUUCAAGGAGCAAAAACAAAACAAGCUCGAAAGCUGCUGAGGGCGUAUUAAACCGGGUAAAGGGUCGUUACAGAUGCAAGAGUCUGGGCUAUAUGCAGGAAAACUUACGUUUUGGUCGAUUGGUAAAACCCUCUGAUAUGCUCCGUGUCAAGCUAGAGGAGCGCGAUCUAUGCAGAUGUAUUCCGUGCUGUAACUGUUCGUUAUACCAGACGUUUCUGCCCAAUGAUUUCAUGUACCAAUGCUGUGGACAGUAACAACAUUGAUCUUCAA